CCAAUGGACGCAAGUACAGCUACCUCUAGCUCCCAGGUACAACCACCGCCUCCGUAUAGCAAUGACCUUGAACGGGGAGUGACAAACGUGAAUGAGCGCCGCCCUUUGUACCCCACCAACUCUGGACAAUUACCUCUUUCCAAUCCAGCGCCCUUGACCCACACGUCACCAUCAUCGAAGCGAAUCCUUCGUGCCAUGGUAAUCUUCGUAAUCUGCCUGUUCGUACUCAGCGGAUUCGUAAAGAAGAAAAGGCACCAAAUCAUACAUGACGGUCUCGCAUGGGCGGACCUGACUCCGUCAAACCGAUGUCUACGCUAUAGCACCCGCGAAUACUCUGCUCAGCUAAUGGGCGUACCCUCAGGCGAAGAUGGCUUGCGAUGGUGCAAGGAGAAGGAAAUUACCAUUCACAGCGUCGAUUUCGAGAAGCCAGGGUAUUGUACCGUUGAUGUGGAUGAUUCUGCGCCGACGAACCCUCGGAUUUAUGGUCAUUGGACGGUCGAGUCGAAUGAGCCAAGCUGUAAGACACUGUGGGAGGACUUCCAGGAUAAGGGAUGCGUAGCGAAAGGCUCAAAGCGUCGCCGCAUUGAAGCUCAUAUGGGGAAUCAUCAGCCGCCAUGGGAUAAUUGGCGAGAGAUGUGCUCUACGACACCUGUAGACUAUGGUGGGUAUCAUUUCGACCAGCCGAAUAGCUGUGACCAUCGGGGUAUUUUCAGCGGUGUAUGGGGUGUUUGGUUUGUCAAGGAUGAGAGCUGCUGAUCGGAGCUAUAUUCUGAUUGCCUGUUACUGC